AUAUGGGUUAUUGGAAGCCAUGUUUGUUGUUUGAUAUCAAGUGGGAUAGUGGUGCAAUUUAGGAAAUAUUGUCGAAGUUAUCUCUUCAUAUCGGAAUAUUUCAACAAAUAACAAAGGCAUGACUUGUGAAUGGGUGGGCAGCAUUGUGUCUCUGGACUGUGGAGAGGCUCUAGGAACAUAUCAAGGCCAGGUGAGAAAAAUCGACAAUGCCACACAGGCUCUCACCAUCUUCAAAGCCUACAGGAAUGGUCUCAGGUGUGAAGUCCCAGAGCUAACAAUCAAUGCUGGAGACAUAAAAGAUCUGAAAAUUCUGAAGUCUCCAUCUGAGGCAAGAUGCUUGUUAAACAAGCAAGCCACACCAUCAAAACUAUCCAAAGAAGUUGAGGAGGCAGUCAAUCCAACUUGUCCCUCUCCAGUCAAGGUCAUUCAACCAUCAAAUCAUAUUUACACAAAUGGCUAUCACAAUGGCAGACAUAGUGCUAAUGGACAGAGAAUUACCCCUACCCGGGACUAUCAUGACUCCAAUGGUCUCUACUAUAACCAUAGUGGAAGUGGAAGUGCCAGACACACACCUACCAGGGAACAGGGUGAGCAGAAAACGAGACGCAGUUCGUUCUCUGACUCUAAAGGCCGGAAGUCUACCACACCACGGAAGAUUGAUGGACGCAACAACAUCAGGAAGAGUACACCACGUGAAGACUGUUUCAGUGCCCCAGUAGAAUCUUUUCUGUCAAAAGAGUUUGACUUUGAAAAAAACCUAGCCUUGUUUGACAAAAAGGCUGUAUUUGAGGAGAUAGAAAACCAGUUUCCUGAGGUUGUGCGUGUGACAGACAAGAAGAGUGAGAAGUACCGCUGUGAUGAGAAUGUCCUGCAGUCUGGCCCUGUGCAGCUUAGUCAGAUCCAUGUCCCAGCAUCAGGGGGCGGAGAUUUUGUCACAGAUGCCGGCUUGGUGGUGCCGAGUGUGACAUAUCAACUGCGAAACAAGAUCUUGUCUACUGCUGAACAGUGUGGCCUGAGUGUGGACAGGCAGAUUGAGAUGGUUGGGAGGUCUGCCAGUGAGAUGGUGCUUCAGUUGCUGGGGGGAAGUCACAGACUAAAUCCCCAGAACGACCACCAGCUGCCAACUGUGAUCGUGUUGUGUGGACCACACACGCAGGGAGCCCAGGGCAUCAGCUGUGCAAGGCAUCUUGCCAACCACAAUGUUAAAACAAUUGUUUUUGUGCCAAAUUUUGUCCGUAUGAACCAAAUUCUGGAGAAGGAGCUCCAGCUUUUUGAAUUUUGUGAUGGGAAGAAAACUUCCAGUACCAAAGAACUACCCACCAUGCCCGACAUGAUAGUGAAUGCCCUUGACAGCCAUGAGAACCCCAAUCUGAAGGACCAGUCGUGGUACAAAAGUCUGACAGAGUGGGCUCGCAACAAGCGUGCUCCCUGUCUUGCCAUUGACCCACCCAUAGAGGGAGCUGCACUGGACUCAAAAUGGAGCCUGGGCAUAUGUCUUCCUCUGAGCCUGAAGAGUGCAGCGAGUCAGAUGUACUUGUGUGAUCUUGGUCUGCCCAAGAAGGUGUUUGUUGAAUCAGGUGUUCGUUAUGUGUCACCAUUUAGUCACAAGUUUGUUAUUCCACUUCACAGAAGAUGAUUGACAAGGAGGUAGCGUGGAACUGCCGAUGUGCAAUAAUAGGGACACUGCACACCUAUGUACUUACAUGCACAGCUGUCUCCAACAGCUGGACCCUCAACAUGUUUUACCUUCACCACUGAUGGUUGUGCAUAUCUUCAGUUUUCAGGGAACAUUAACACUCUAGGAGAUGUAUGACAGACAUACCAAAUACGUGGACAGCUGUACAUGAACUGACUGAAUCUUCAGGGUAACUUGUUACUCUGGCGUUCCUUGUGAUUCGCUAUGAAACAAUGCUAAGUGCUUUGAGAGUCCCAAUCUAAAAUAGACUAGUUUUAUAAACCACUAUGGCAAAGAGAUGAUAUGACUGUAUAUUUUAUCCAUGUUCAUCUCUUUCAGUGUAUUUGUGCAUUUAUGGUGCUGUAUAAAUUGUGACUAACACAUGAGCUGAUACCUACAAUACUGUCCCUGCCAUCUGAACACAUGAAUAGGGUAUGCAGGUCCUGUCUCAUUGUUGGCUGAGACUGUUCAUUCUCUUCCUCAGUAUGGGAUUUUUUACUUUCAAAACAUGUAUUUUGUACAGUCAAGACAGACUAUUAAUCAGAAUAUAUUUUAUCAAAAUGAACAACAGUGAUAAUAAUUCAGCCCUAUUCAGAGUUCAGAGUUCAGUGUUUGCUAUUUUAUCUCAUGAUGGAAGAUUUACAUGUAAAAAGUAUUAUUACCAUUAAGCAAGAUUAUGUGACAUGGUAAUAGCACUAUCUAUCAAUAUCGGAAAUGGAUGCUCAUCUGUUCUGUAUGCAGUUUGUGGAUUCUAUUUUGAUCUUUGAGCGGCAGUAUUACACACUUUUGUCUCAUAAACAGAUGAUAUUAUAUUCAUUAGAACAAUCAUUGAUACAAACUGCUAAAUAACUCAAUGCUAUUAAAUAAUGACUACCUGAAAGCAUUGCUUAAUGUUGGUUGGAGAAAUCUUAUUGAUGAAUCACUUUGUAACCAGUGCCAUAUAAUGAUGUAUUUCUAUUGACCCAAGAGGAGGUUACACUGACAUCCAACAUAAGAUGUAUUAUUGUGAUGAACGUUGACUUGUUUCUCAUCAUAGGAACAUGUCGGUGUCUUUAAGCAUACGAUCUUGACAUUUCAUGUGUUUGACAAACCUCCAAAUAUUGUUGUUAUUCUGAACAGGGAAAAGGCAAUAGUCACUUUAUCUUUUAACUCUUGUCAUUGAAGUUAUCAUUUUAACAAUUUUGGUUUUGCUUUAACCCAUGUUCUGCUGACAGUAUGAAUUCUGAAAACAGAAUAUGGGUUACUGUUGUUUAACCCUUUAACAUUUAUCAAUUAGCUGAACACAAAUUCUGAUGCCAGUUUGUUAAAAAAUGUGAUAGUUUCUACAAAUAUAUUUGUCAUGUUUUGUAACUUAUUUGGAACAUGUUUUAUCUUGUUUGAAUUCUAUGUCCCCACAGGUCCCUUUGUUCACAAUGAUUAACCCAUGUCAAAAUCUUUUAGAUAAUGAAUUUCCCGUUCAAAGUAGAAAUAUGAAGAUGAAUGUUCAGCUAAUUGGAAGUUUUCAUUUGAAUUUAACUAACAAAAUGUUGAUUUAUUUAAACAUGUUGAUAUGUGUGAUAUAUUUUAACAAUGUUUGGAUUAUUUCGGAAUAUUCUGUGUACAGUUUAUGCCAUUUUUGAUUUGAAUAUUGACAUGAAUAGCCGAGACCAUUACUAUUGUUACUGUGGGCAAUUUUACCAUCUGACCCAUUGUAUGAUAAGGAGUGUAUAUAAAUGUACUUCAUAUUGGAACAUUCCAUGAUAUCUGUCGUGACCAACAUUUAUGUCACUAGGGUGGUGCAACAUAUAUUCAGAUAUUCAGCAACUACUGCUGUUUGUUUCUCAACAAUAUGUUCAUCAUGGCCACAUGGAGUGUAGUGGUGUAUUUCCUAUUUAUGAGGCUAUGUGUCAAGUUAAGAAUACUAAACCGGUAUAUUUGUUAUUCAAGUGCUUGUGAUGUAUGUAAUAUAUCCACUACAUUGUUUCCUUAUCAUUGAUUCCACAACAUGAAACUUAGUUUUGUUUUGAUCAUAUAAAGUGUAUAUUUGUCAGCCCAGCUGAGGUGUGUCAAGUAUACUGUUGAUGUAUAGCACACAUCCAUACAAUGUAUGUUCUAGGUUAAUCAAUAUCUUCAUAGAUGAAAUGUGCUUGUGCAUGUUUUUACUAUAUAAUAGAUACAAGUUUAUUCAUAUGUUCCUAAUCGCAGAUGCUUAAUGACAUUAGAAUUCUAAGUUAUUAUUUUUUUCAUCUGUCCAAGAACUUCAGAAUCUGGCUAACUGUUCAGGAAUUGCACAAUCUAAUGGAAUAGUAAAGUAUUAUCACUUAUAGAAAGUUUAGGUUUGAUAAGAUUUGAACAAUAGGAUAUACAGGGCUACAAUCACUUAUUAAUCUCUCUUGUGAAUGAAGGAAUUUUGCAGAUCUUGAUCACUGACAAGACCUACGCUUCUUCACAAGACUAACACAAUCCAAUAUCCAAGGAUUCUUUGUGGUAGCAAACAAGAAUGCAUUCUCUGUUGUAGUGUGUAUGAGUCUUUGGCCCUGGUGCAGGUAAUCACUCUGCCAUUGAUGGUUCCAGCACAAUGGCGGAACCGCUGAUUCUGCAGAAUGUGAUUUAACCAAAUAAUUCCAGUGUGUCUUCUAACAAGCAGAAUUUGGAAAAAAUGAAUGAAAACAGCAGCAGUUAGUAGCUUACCACAAUAGACAAUCAUGGUUAUAGAAAUCCACAGUUGUAAAACACAGUCCAAAACAAAAUUUGGUUACUAGGUCCUUUUAUCAAAUUUAUAUGCCUCUAGAAACAGUAGGUAAGUUAUCAUUGACAGGAUAUUCACACCUUUGCAGAUGGAGUUUGCCAAAAGAAAUUACAAUUUAAAGUGUCUUUUCUGUUAAGGUGGGAUAGAAAUAGAGUCAGCUUGACAAGACUAUAUCUGUUUUAUAUUCCAGAAUCAGAUGCUUAUGUUCUGGAGCAAAAAAUAGGUUAAGAAUUGCAAUCAAUCAGUUGUAUAUUGUAGCAAUUGUUCUAUAUACAGCCUAUCUGAAUGCCCUCAAUGAGCCUUGUACAGCUUGCAUGUUGAAGGAAUCUGCUGAUCAUGGUCUUGUGAAUACAGACAGUGACCACACUAUAAAAAUGCUUAUCUGAGACUUUCGGUCGAGCAAAAAUAGUUUCACAUGUGUACGAUAGUUUAUAUGUAUUUGAUCCUUGUACAGCUCUGAAAAUGCCAAAAUAUCACAUUUAGCAACUGAAUAACUAUACCAUUUUGUAGACAAUAUUGUAGAGGGACUCAUUUUCUUUUGACUAUUUUCACCAUUCUAACUUUUAGCAGAACCUUGAACAUAUUCAUAUUUGCAAAUGAUCUAUAUUUUACAUUAACACAAAACACACAAAAAUAUUUAUCAAUAUGAAUAUGUUCAGUUUUACUGAUGUAUGUAUUCUGAUGGCAUGAGCCACCUAUGCAGUAUUGUUUUGAAGGCUACAAUUGUUGUGUAUGUAAGUGAUGGAAGGAGAGUGCUUCAGUAUGUUGUGGAUACAUGUUUUGUGAUGUUUGGAACUUUGAAAAUGAAUUUCUUGGGGGAGUCAUGAAUAUUAUGUAUUCUGUGAUUGAGGUAUAUGCAAUUUGUGAAAGAUUUCUCAAUAUUUUUACAAAAAAAUGAUGUCUUUAUAUACAGGCAUUGAAAAAAAAGUAGACAAAAAUUGUUUUCUUUUAAUGACAGAUAAGCAAGCCAUGUGACAUUUCGAUUUGUUUGUAGAUUUAUGAUUGCUUGUACUGUUUUGAACUUCAUCGUUGAUUGAAGUUAUUUUGUUUUGACCACUGCCAUGUUCAUGUACUAAGGAUAGUAUGGACUAGAUUUAGAGUGACACGUUUUCCAAGUAGGAAUCCUGACAGCCAUGGCAAUGGAGGAUAGUUGAUGUCGUUGUAUUGAAAGAAAAUGUAUUGAAAGCUUGAGACAUCCAGCUUCAAAGAAGAUGAAAGAAGUGACAAGACCUUCUUAGGAAAGGGAAUUGCUACACAAGAAAGUGUUGGAAGAACUCAUGUGUUCCAGAACUCAUUUUGAUCAUGAACUCUAAAAGAGAAGCAUGAUCACUGAAGAAAUGAGAUCAGUGCUCUGUUACUGCAUGUACAGCUGACAUGUGUUGGCUUAUUGAACAGAACACAGCUUUAUGUACAGAACAGACAGCAACCUGCUUGUUCUGUCUUGUCAAUAGUAGGUCCUGGUGGCCACUGAAGCUCCAUGGUUUGUGUAGAAUGUUAUUUUAGGAUGAAUUAUCACAAAUAUAUAUAUUUAUGUACUAAAAUGUGGAGUGUGCUGGACAUGCUAUCUUGGCUCCUUGGUCCUGCCAGUUUCUUUCCACUCUCUCAAUGGCAACUCUAGUUGCCGUGACCCAGGAAUAUUUCCACCAUCUAUGGGAACACAUGAACAAAUCACGCGUUUCUGCAUUUCAAGUUGGGUCUCAUAUUAUCACAAUACAAUCAGGAUCAGAAAAGGAAAGAGUAAUUUCUUAAAAAUAUCUUGCCAAAGGUAUUAUUAUUAGGCAGAAUAAACUGUGAUAAUAACAAUCUCACCUCCUCCAUCCUCCAACCUAGAUUUGAGUAUUGUAAUUAACAUUGAAGGGAUAAUGACUAUGUGUCCCUUGUCAGUGUAAUAACAGUUGAGGGUGUAGGGACCAAGGAGAACUUUGAAUAUUUAUGUGACAUAUUGAAUAUAUGAGUGAAAGGUUGAAAACAAGUGAUUGAUUAAAUGCUAGAGAAACCAAACUUGCAGAAUACCAGGCAUUAACUGAGGAAGACAAUUGUGACAAGACCGUGGUGUGCUGAGGGUUGAAUGACUGAGGCACUGGGUCAUGAUGACCUGGUGUUCCAAGUAAAUGUCCUUCAUUGAACCUUUGUGUUCAGUGACAGGCAGCAACAUGCCCAAUACCUUGUCAGCAAUGGACGCUUUCAUCAAUGCCUGUAAGAGUUGGUGCUUAGUUACCAGGUGUCCUGUGUUAAUCUACAUUUCAUACCUGGAUGGGUGUUGUUUGACUUACGGUAUGGUUCAAGUGUUUGACAGAUGUAGGUAUGUAACCACGGUAACAUGUUCGUAUGUGCAUGGUGGUGCCUGAUGCUUGUCAGGGUGUAGUGUCUUAGAUUUAUUGACUCAUGGGUCUUUCAAUCAGUCAAAUCAAACGUAACCAAGCUUGUUCACAACUACGAUGGGAUAGCCUCUACAGCUGGUUAUCAUAAGACAAAAAAUAUGUUGUCAGGUGUGUGUAUUACAAUUCAUCAUGUUCAUAGGUGUCGUAUUCUAUGAAUAUUUUCAUUGACAUAUAAAUGCUCAUGCAUACCUAGGUGGAGAAUGCCAGUGCCUUUUGCUUUAAUUUCAGUGUCAUGCUUAGUGGAAAAGACUGAACGUUCCCCAUGUUUGUAUUUACAAAAUUGCUGGCACAGUUGCAAUAUUCUUUGGUCAGUUUGUAUAUGAGUCACAUUGUUGAUUACAUGAAUGAUGAAUGAUGAAUGUUGAGGUCACAAGAGCUGAGUCAUUGCCAUGUUAACUUGCCUGAUGAGAAGUGUACUUGCUGGAAAUGUGAAGGUUGGAUUCCACGUAAUUGUGGACUGAAUGUGAGACACGCGCCUCAGGUUAAGGGUGAAGCAGGACAGACAUGGCUGUGUGUGGUCAUAGCCUACUAGCUAUUCAACUUCCACCAAUGAAGUGCUGUGUUUGUUUUAGAAGAACAGUAUGGGCCCUGAAAGAAACAUUUUGUGUAUUAUCAGAUCGACCAGUACAGCAGAGGAUGUGUACAAGCAAUGAGUUUGCAAAAUAGAGUGUAUUUGCCAAGUAUGUUUCUAUAUCCUAAAUAUACACAGGAAGUAGGAAUAACAGUGAAUAAUGGGAGCCUUCAUUACCCUCGUGUUUCAGUAUCGUAAAUAUCAUAUAUUAGGAAUAAAAUAGUAUUGUGCGAGCCUUUGGCAAGUUAAAUACAUGUUAUUUUUUUAGAUAUAUCUAUUAUAGAUAUGUGAUAUGUGUACUUAUGAUACGGAAACAUGAGCAUUGUUGAGUGUAAUAAGUUACAUAUUGUCAUUCUCAAAAUAGUUGAUGUUUGAGAUGUUAUUUCCCUGAAGUAGCUUUAGAAACCAUGUAUAAAUACAAUGAUUGAGUGAAGCGCCCAAUUUAUGUUAUAGUAUCAAAUGGCUGGUAGCCAAGUUUGUCAACAGAAACAUAGACGCAUUUGAAAACUUUGUAUGAACUUGUUGGGAACGUUAUUCAGUAGUGUCCUGGGAAAGAAUGCAUUGCAUGGAUGUAUGGAACUUGAAAGUAGUACUUCAUUUGUAUAUUUAUUGGAUCGUGAUACAAAGUUUAUCGGAUUGGCUUUUCUCAUCAAUAACUCUAGCCAUUAUGUGAUGAGUAUUGCUUGUUGAAAAAUUGUAAACGGACAUUGGCUAGAAGCUUACUAUUGUAGUAUCCCAUUGACUUCAUGCAGACCAUGUCAUCUCUAUGUCGGUGUAAUGUACAACCCGCCUAUUCACUAACCAGCCACAGAAGAUGGGAUGGACCCUCAAGUCUUGUAGCAGUUCAUGAUAUCAUCCAGUCACUAGGGGCAAAACACAGAAUGAGAACAUUUUGUAUGGGUAUUGUGUGUCUUUACAAUUUUUAUAAACAUGAAAUAUGUUGUCUUUGAUGCUAUUGUCAUACAAAUAUAUAGAUUACCAGGGCCACAGGUACACACUGAGGAGGCAAAGAUUAGCAUUUCAGAUAACACUGGUAUUAAUUGUGACUGAUGGCAGCAGGUUAGAUCUGUGAGGACUCGAUGCCUCUAGGAGUUCUAGGCCAGGACUGUUGUUAAGAUGCUAACAUUGUUGACAGUAGGGUGUUCAUGGUAUAGACUAUGCUUGAUUAUGCCUGGCUGGAUGGCACCCACUCAUAGUGUAGCCAUUGGGAUGUAUCAUGUCAAAAUGUUCAAUCUUUGUUUCUUUCAAUGAAUGUACUUGUUCAGAAAUAUCCUUUUCAACCCUUUUCACAUGAUAGUAAUGACACCGUUCUGGAAUCAAUAUCUUCACUUCCCAUGAGUCCCAGCGACAAUAGGAAUUCAUUUCAAACUGUCAUUGUUUCAUUGCUUUGUUUUGGUGACGUGAUGACACAUUAUGAGUAGCAUAUGUUCUGGCAGCUAAUGCUUUGGGAGAAGUAUCUCCCUUUGAUGCAUCAAAGACAAGUAACCAAACUAAGGUAAUUAUGUGAAUAAAAUGUGACUAAAAUGGCAAUGGGCAUUUGCUCAUCAACUCAAAAUCAAAACAUGUUGCCUUAAAGUGCAGUGAAAUAUGUCACUUGUACAGAGUAUUCAAAGUGAUGUAGUGUUUUCCUGUUGACAUAGUUAUGGGGCUAUGUUAUUAGGGUAUUUGCUCCGACUCGGCCAUAUGUUGCAAUUGGUUUUAUCAUAUUGAGGGAAGUUGUUGUUCACAGAAGACCAUAGCUCUAGUUAUCAUGUGUGUCUAUCUGUGAGGUUUUUUUAUCUCAUCUAUUUUAAUGAUAGCUCUUUGACUUAGAGUUAUGUUAGAGAUUUUUGUGAUGUGCAUAUAUUUAAAUGUACAUGUAAUAGUGAUGGAUAACUAUGAAGAGGAAGUCCAGAGGGUCUUGUCAUGUGCAUAUCAGUGUCUUCUUGCAUGAAGAAAAUAUAAGCCAAAGAACUAAUAAAAUGGUCAGGACUAUUAUACAACAGAUGAUUGAAGCUGAAAGGUUACUGCCUUCUAGCUCAUUGACACAUGUCAGCCCUUUCAGGUGACAAGAGGCUUAUGUUUUCUUCACACAACACGAAUUGCGUCAAAUUGAGACACUGACGCUGGGUCUACUUAUUUUGUGGAUAUAUUCUUAAAAUGUUCUAUAUGCAUAUUUCAAUGACUUAUUGAUGAUUUAGAUGUGUUGGUAGGAAGAGGAUAUUGUGUAAGUUCUCCUUGUUAGCGCAAGGUUAGGGAGGAUCCAAUCUCUCAAGCUCGGCACUCUGUACAUAUCCACCGUAUGUUCCAAUGAUCUCUUACUACUGUAUUACAUGAAGUUACCAUAUAUGUCGCAAGUUGUUUUACUUAUGAACUUCCGGUCCUCAUAUCGUCAUCCAUCCUCAGAGAUCAGUUUGAUUACCUACACUGUCACUUCCACAAGCAGUCGUUUUUAUUGCAUAUAAAAAAAUAUCCUGUAAUAACAACCUCAUUAAUCUCAGAUAUAUUACUCUGAUACCUCACUGCUUUAAGUUUUAAGGACGUGUCCUUAGAAGGUCGCAUCAGGCAGACAGUGAGUUAGGUUUGACCACCCUUUCUAAAUGAAAGAUGCAUGGGUUCUUGAGCUAAUCAGAUGUCAGCUUUCUAAAUGAAGGAUGCAUUGGUUCUUGAACCAAUCUGAUGUCAGCUUUCUAAAUGAAGGAUGCAUUGGUUCUUGAGCCAAUCGGAUGUCAACUUUCUAAAUGAAGGAUGCAUUGGUUCUUGAGCCAAUCUGAUGUCAGCUUUCUAAAUGAAGGAUUCAUUGGUUCUUGAGCCAAUCUGAUGUCAGCUUUCUAAAUGAAAGAUGCAUGGGCUCUUGAGCCAAUCUGAUGUCAGCUUUCUAAAUGAAAGAUGCAUGGGUUCUUGAGCCAAUCUGAUGUCAGCUUUCUAAAUGAAAGAUGCAUGGGUUCUUGAGCCAAUCUGAUGUCAGCUUUCUAAAUGAAAGAUGCAUGGG